AUGGCGGGUCUCCAGGCCUCGGCUGCCGCUCGGUUCUCCUGCCCCCCCAACUUUACUGCGGUGUCUGCGGACUCGGAUCCCCCUCGUUUCUCCUUGGAGGCGCUGACGUUCCCAGAUACAGAACUGUGGCUUAUCCGAGCCCCUGCAGACUUCGCCCCACAGUGCCUCAAUGGGCGGCGUGUGCCUCUCUCUGGCUCAAAGACCAUUAAGGGCAAACUGGAUGGCAGGAGGUGCCGAUACCGGGUCCUUACCAGCAGCCCCCAGGAUGGAGACGCCACCUUGCUGGCCUCGUCAACAGAGGCAGGAGGAAAACUCACCUGCGCCCCGGCCCCCCAUGGAAGCUUAAGGAUCAUGGAGGGUCUUCAAGAAUUCCUUAUCUCUCGGGUCCCUCUGCAGACCAUUCCCACAAGCCUUCCACCUGGGAUCCCUGAUGGCCUAAGGCCUCGGUUCUCUGCCUUUGGAGGCAGCCCUCCGGUCACAGGGCCUGGGUCAGUCAUGGCCCUGAGGUCAUCCACUUCAGGGAAGAAGAAAAAGAAGAGAAAGUUGGCAGAGGCCUCAGCCAUUCAGGAGGCAUUGAACGGCCUCGGGGUCGUGGAGGGGGACACACCCUGCGGUGGCCUAGAAAUGAGGAAGAAGAAGAAAAAGAAGCAUCAGGCGGGUGAGGUAGAGAUGAUGGAGGCUGAGGCAUCGGAGCCCAUGGCAGAGGCGGUGGCGCCUUUGGGACUACCAUCCCCAUCCGCCACCAGCAACAAGAAGAGGAAGAGCAGGUCCAAGGGGGCAGAGACAUUCCAGCCGGAAGAGGAGCUGGGGAGCACGGAAUCUGUGGCUGAAACACAGCCUCCUGAUGGGACCGCCCUGUCCCCCACCAAGAAGAGAAAGAGGCAGCAGGAGCCCGAAGGGAUGGAGGCAGCCGAGGGUACCAUGGCUGGCUCUCAGUCACAGGUCACUGUGGAACCCCAGGAGGAAGCCAUCCCACUGUCCCCCACAAAGAAGAGGAGAAAGGUAAAGAGGCAGAAUUUGGUGAUGGAGCCAGAGGCGGGGCUCCCUGGAGUGGCCACGGAGCCCGAACCAUCAGAGCAUGGGCUUCAGGCCGAGGCAGCUCCUGUGUCCCCCAAGAAGGCAAAGAAGAAAAAGGAAAAGCGGCUGGGUGAGGAACUGGCCUUGGCGGCGGAGGCCACAGGGGCUGCACUCACGGCUAACUCUGAGCCCCAGGUGGCUCCAGCACCCAGCAAGAAGAAAGAGAAAGGACAGACGGCGAUAGAGCCCCCAUCUGAGAUGACUGACCCCAGAGAGCCUGAGGCCAGGACAGUUCAAGGGUCCACAAAGAAAAAGAAGCAGAAGAAGGACCGGGAAAGUGUGGUGUAAACCGCCGUUCCCCAC